UUGAAAAAGUAUGAUGAGGAGACAGAGGCACUGGAAAUAUUGCAGAAUAUACUGUUAGAGUUGAAGAAGUGUAAAGAUGAGGAGAAGAGGAAAGAACUGGAGAAGGAGACAAGAGAGUGUGAUGAGGUUUCAAAGAAACUAAGGAGGCAGAACAGAGUUAAGGAGAUCACUGAUGAUAUUUCCAGAAAAGAGGGGUGGAAGAGUCACUUCCAGUCAGAGUUAGAGAGGUGUGAGGAUGAGGGGAUGAGGAGAGGUCUGGAGAGGAGUGAUAAGGAGCUGGAGGAGAAGAUUGAGAGAUUGAAACAGGAACUGGAGACCACUGCCAGUGAUGAUGACAGUGACAGAGAUGGAGAAGAAGAUGAAGAGUCGAGAACAUUCCUGAGAGAAGCAAUGAAGCAGGGCUAUGUGAACGUGACACUACUGGAAGUGAUUGUGGAGGGACCUGCAGGUGUCGGCAAAACCUGCGUCAUGUACCUCCUCCUCAGUAAGUCUCCUCCAAAAGAAAGACACAGCACCGGCUGUGCCGAGCGAGCAAUUCGAGUGAUACGAGUCGGCAAGGAAGGAGGAGAGUGGAAUGAGAUCUCCACAAAAGAGUUUCAAGAGAUGGUCGCAGAAGCAGUUCCCAUUCUGUAUGAAGACCUCAGAGCCAAGGGAAAGGAAAUGAGGUGAAGGUUGAGGACGGGAAGGGUAACGGCGAGAAGAAGAAUGAGGAGAAGAAACCAAGUGUUGGGGGUGUAGCUUCAACGGGUGAAAAGGAGGGCAAGGCAGUCAUUGAUGGAGUGAUCAGGAAGCUGACUCGGCUGGUGGGUAGUGGGAAAUCAUCACGUCGUCUCCUGGACAUGGAGUUGAUCUACCUGACUGACACUGGUGGCCAGCAACCUUUCUGGGACCUCAUCCCGAUUUUCACACGUGACACCACAGCCACCCUCUUUGUCCACAGGCUCUGCGAGAAGCUUGACGAACACCCUCUGAAUGACCUCUACCAGAGAGGGAAGCAGGUUGGUCCCAGCCAGAGAGCCACACUCACCACUGCACAGGCCUUCAAAACAAUGCUUCGAGGCCAGCAUGAAGGAGGAAAACGCUCCAAGAUCAUUGCUGUUGGGACACACAGAGAUUUAAAAGAAGAAUGCACAGAAACAGUAGAAGAAAAGAACAAGAUUUUUGCUGCAAUUGCUUCUCCUCACUUCAAAAAAGAUGUCGUUUAUCGCAAUGAAGGAUUAAAGGAGAUGGUUUUCCCAGUCAACACAAAAGCACCAAACAAAGACGACAAGAAAGAGGCCAGCAAGAUCAGAGCCAGCAUCGAGAAAGGUGCCGCAAAGCACAAGAUUCCAAUCUGGUGGUUCAUCCUCCAGCUGAUCCUGGAAGCGCUAACACACAAGCUUGGCAGAGAUGUCCUGUGCAAAGAAGAGUGCCUCCAUGUCUCCAAGUCACUGGGGUUCUCUGAGGGACAGCUCGAUGCUGCUCUCACCUUCUUUGACAAGCUCAACAUUUUCCUGUUCAAAAAGAACAUUCUACCCGGAGUCGUCUUCACCAAUCCUCAAGUUCCUCUAGACAAGCUGUCAAAGCUUGUGGAGAAGCAGUACCACCUGAAAGCUGCAGAAGCUGAUCCGACAAAAGCUGCCGAUCUUGCAUUGACAGGUGACUGGCAGUGUUUCAGAGAUAAAGGUGUCCUCACUCUCAAGUUUCUCGAAGAAUUCAAGUCUCACUAUGUCAAAGGAAUCUUUACUCCAAGAGACUUUCUACUGUUGCUUGAGAAGCUACUCGUCAUUUGUCCCUUGUCAGCUACCGAGUACUUCUUCCCCGCAGUCCUGAGCAUGACCCCAGAAUCUCGAGUCAAUCAAUUCUUGGCCAGCUGCACAGCCACAGAGAUAGCAGCUCUGGUGGUGGAGUUCCCCACUGGCUGGGCUCCUCCCGGGGCCUACUGCUGCAGUGUGUGCCACCUCCAGUCCCAUGCCCACUGGGAGGUUGUCCACAAGCCAUCCACCACUCCUCACAACAAAGACACACCCGACAGUCAACUCUGCCAGAUCUCUCGCAACUCCAUCACAUUCUCAAAGCGCGACAGACCGGGCACCGUGAUGUACAUCGACAACUUUUCCUUCUUCGUUGCCUGUGUGAAUGUGGACACCGGGAAGAUGGAUCGCGAGGAGUUGGUGGAGCACUGCCAUGCUGUGAGGUCGGAGCUGUUUGCUGCAGUCGAGGCAGGUCUGAAGAACACUCACCACAAAAACUCUCGCCCAGUGCCCGCCUUCCUGUGCCCUGUCCAGAAUGGACCUUGUAGCACUGAACUACACACUGCAUGUAUAUCCGAGAAUGGCAAGAAAUGGAUAUGUUCCAAGAAUUCAAAUACCUUUGACAGACUGAAUCCUGGACAGACAGUGUGGCUUAGUGGCAUAGAUCAAACAGCAUACAAGCAUAUGUCAUCACCAAAAAUGAGUGAUUUGGCGAAUCGUGUGGCAGCCAUCAUUCCAGGAAAAUGGAUGAAAGUUGCUAUUCAGCUGGAGAUUAGAAUGGGAGCAAUUGAUGCAGUUCGUAGAGACAAACGCGAGUGUUUUGAACAGUUCAUGGCUAUUCUUGACAUAUGGGAGCGAUCUUCAAGUCCUCCAUUCACAUGGAACACCUUAGUCAGUGUCUUGAAAUCUCAAUCAGUCAAUGAAAAUGCACUAGCAAAGGAACUUCAGCGUGAGUUUGCUGUGGGGAUGUGACAUAAUGUGCCAACAUCCAGUGUAAAAAAUCAGUGCGUGUUUAACUAAUUCUAAGUAUAUUUUGUAUUUAUCUUGAGUAACUGAUUGUACCUUACAGACUUACAGAUAUCAAGUGAUAUAAAACAUCGUAGAAACUUAACGAUACCAUUUGGCUAAUUCAGUAGGACAGGGGCAUAUGCCUGCACACAGUGCAACCAUUUGCCACAAUCAAGUUGAGCAACUUUGACUCACAGUUGGAACAAAAGUAAUGUAAGCGUUCAGUACACAUUUUGACCAUGUUUGCAGGGCAACUAAGGCGAUAUAAUCUUACGGCUGUGCAUGGGUCUACAGACACAUCGAUGCACCAGGCACAUAGCUUUGCUUUUUCUGUUCCCUACACCUAAUUAAUUCCUAGGCAAGGCUGAGUAUCUCAGGCCAAUAGCAACAUGCCUCACGUUCAACAGCGGGAAUAGCUAUUAUGCUGGUACUUCAAAUGAUGUGAUAUCUUUUCUGGUUCUGUGUCCCACACGGGGUAUUGUGGGGUUUGAUUUUACUUUGCAUCAUCUUACUGAUGAGUCACUUAGGAAAUGUAAAGUUACGGCCAAUUGGGCCUUAGCUAUAUGCAUCCGGGCGCUACAUACCUAUACCAUGCAAACUAUGAACGCAUGCAUGACGUGAAUUUAAUCACUUAAUUAAUAAAGGACAUGCA